AUGCUCUGCUGCGCGCGAGGUGAGGUACCGCAAGGCAAGGCGCACCACCUGGCAACCGAAACCGAGGCGGUGGUAAAUUUAGGCCCAGUACCUACGGAUAGUGGUAGCACGGCGGCGGUGCUGCCCGCCCGCGCCGAAGCUACCGAUGAUCAGACAGGUCGCCGGCAGAUUGCCAGAAAGCCCUAUUUCGAGCUUCACAAGUCAUUCUCAGCUGGACGUUCAUCGUCCAAGGACUCUGCAAAGUAUUUUAGCCAUCGGGGGGGCACAAUGUCGUCAUCAACAACAGCCACCAAAGUCACUGCCACGCGAGGCGGCAGUGACGCUGGAGCCGUCCAGCAGUCCACCAUUUACAAGUUUGUAAUGACGCCCAUCAUCCUCGUCUCCUUCCUGCUCUCCCUGGCCUGGGUAGACCUCACCUACACUAUCAGGAGGUCAAAAAACCACGGCCGGCAGGGCUGGAUGCCUUCCUGGCUGCACAGCAUCCUCUACCGGAGAUCACAGUACCGCUACGCAGAAGCCAAGGACUCAAAAACAACGACGCCAACGACGACACCGAGUCCCAAGGACGAAAAGGAGGAGUUUUACUACCACAGUAAACAGAAGAAGCUGCUGCGCGCGGAAGUCGACGAUGCGUUCCAGCUGAGAGGUCAAGUUCUCGUCGUGAUGGCGCUCGUGUUACUCACGGCGUCGCUGGCUUUUGCGUGGGGUGGCUGGCAGAUCUCCAGCUGGGUGUGGAGGAGGUUUGGCGAGAGGGCUUCCAAUAUUUGA